GGCAACGGAGGAGUAACGCCCUCUCAGCUCAUUGCACACCAAGUCGCUCUCAUCCCAUAGAUCACAACAAGUGUUGGAAUGAAUCCGCUGGUUAUAUAUAUGUGUGUGAGUGGAGCGGCACAGAUGCCAAAGCAGCCUUUUCCUCUUGCUCCCUUUCUGUGGAGGAUAGAAACCAUGGUGGUCACUGUUUAGUGCCCAGGUCAUCAAUCUAGGCUCGCUCAUUGGGCUUUUUCAGUCGCAACACUUUCCCUUCACUGGGACCUUGUAUUCUAGGCUAUGGGGGAACAAAACAAAAUAUCAUCCCGUCCCAUUUUCCGCCGAGAUGUGAGCUGGGAUCCUUUCCCCAACUGGACGCAGCCGAGUCGAAUCUUUGCUCAGGAUUUUGGACUCCCUCCUUUCCUGGAUUCCGGCGAUCUGGACUGGAUAGAGUGGUCCAAGAGGAGACUGGCGUCUUUCUCCUGGCCGGGUUACACACAAUCACCCCUUCUGCCUCCGUUCGGGGGUCAGUGCCCUCCGGCGCUGAACCAAAAGGGUCAGAGGCAGCGAGCAAGCGGAGUGUCAGAGAUCCAGACGGGGCAGGACAGCUGGAAGAUAAACCUGGACGUCAAUCACUUCUCACCUGAGGAAAUUACGAUCACCACCAAAGAGGGUUAUUUGCAAAUAUCAGGAAAUCAUGAAGAAAAGCAAGACGAGCACGGAUCUGUUUCCAGGUGCUUCACCCGGAAAUACAAGCUGCCGAUGGGGGUGGACUUGCAGCACAUCAGCUCCUCGCUGUCCGGUGACGGUGUUCUGUCCGUGGAGGCCCCCGCCCCGGGAACAUCCGUCAGCAACCCACCCAAUGAGAUCGUGAUACCCGUUCAGAUCAGACGGACGGAUCAGCAGGACGGUGAGAAGUGAAACCAGUAAGAUAGAAUUUGAAACUACAAUCAGAUGAUGCCCAAGUUGUGUAUUAGGACUUUUGUAGCACUGGCAUGAAAAAAAAAACUUCUCACCAACAUAAUACAGAAUCAACUCUGAAUAUAAUUUUGCUUGUCUUCGCUUGUAAAUAGAUUAGUACGACCUUGUACUCCUAACAACAUACCAUCAGGUUUUAUGAUAUUCUAAUAUGUGAAAUAUAUAAAGCAGUGAAGGCUAGAAACUUUAUUUACCUUACACGACCGAUGGGAGUAUCACGGCUUACAGUACAGACCAAGAAUAGACAGUGGAAAUGGACUAUUUAUAUCCAAACAGCUUGUUCACCUUAUAACAAAAAUGUGUGUAUGUCAUGUUGUGCUUCUGUGUAACAUGCCGAGAUAACUCAGAAAUGAUGUUAUGUUUGUGUUUACUUGCGCAAAAAGAAAGAAACACUGUAAAAGCUGAAGCAUGUAUUAAUUUUGUGUGUUUGUUCUGAACGUUGUAAGUUUGUGCAUUAACGAUCAGAAUAUGGAUGUUGUUUGGAUAUAUCUGCCACAAAUGUAUUAAACGGCUCCGGCCAAAUGAACAAAA